UAAAAGUGGAUGAUGUAAUAUGAUAUCAUUUCACAAAUAUUGUUAUUGUAUGAGCAACACAUAAAAAUAUGGCAUUCCAUACAUGAUGGUGGAGAAUCCAACAUUUUUAUCGAGAUUACCUAUGAUGUUGUGUAAAGUGCCUAACUCAUGAGUGUAGAAGCAGAACCCUGCGGCUAUUGACGAGCCACGAUUUCAAAAUAAAAAACGCUCUUACUUACUACUUGUUGGCCCAAACCCAAAAUCAAUUCGUUCUUCUCUCACAACAAUACUCUAAACCCUCUUUCCAUUGAAUUGGAAAUAAUAAAACCUCUCUUCCAUAUACACAUUCUGUUCAUGGCGUUUAAAUGAGAAAAUCUAAACCCCUUUCCACCUUUCUCCGCCAAAAUCACAAUCUUUUUCAUGUUCUCUUCAAACCCUUUUCUUCUCUCCCCCAACAACCUGAUCUCCCUUCACAGAUCUACACCAUCCUCUCUAACCCCCAAUGGCGAAAAGACCCUUCUUUUAACACAUUAAUCCCUUCUCUAACCCCAACCCAUAUCUCUUCUCUCUUCAACCUCAACCUCCACCCUCUCACCGCCUUAAAUUUCUUCAAAUGGAUCCACCAACAACACGGUUUCAUCCACACCGUCCAUUCCUACCAACCACUCCUUUUCAUUCUCGUUCGAAAUGGGUACCUUCGUGCUGCGGAGAAUGUUCGAAAUUCCAUGAUCAAAACCUGUGCUUCACCACAAGAAGCAAGGUUUGUUUUGAACCUUUUGCGUUUGAUGAACAAUGCCCAUCAUCAACCACUAGGGUUUAAGCUCUCUGUUACUUCGUAUAAUCGCCUUUUAAUGUGCUUGUCGCGUUUUGUUAUGGUUGAUGAAUUGCAUUGUUUGUUUAAGGAUAUGUUGGAUGAUGAUGAGGUUUUGCCUAAUUUUAUUACUUUUAAUACUAUGGUGAAUGUUCAUUGUAAAUUGGGGAAUGUGGUUGUGGCUAAGGUGUUUUUGAAUGGUUUAAUAAAGAGUGGUUUUUGUGCUGAUGCUUUUACGUAUACUUCUUUGAUAUUGGGUUAUUGUAAAAAUUGUGAUGUUGAGAAGGCUUAUAAGGUGUUUGAGAUAAUGCCGCAACAGGGUGUUAGGAGGAAUGAGGUUUUGUAUACUAAUCUAAUUCAUGGUUUUUGUGAAGCUGGAAAGUUUGAUGAGGCUCUCAAGUUGUUUUUGCAGAUGAAGGAGGAUGGUUGUUUUCCUACAGUUCGAACUUAUACGGUUGUUGUAGGUGCUUUAUGCAAGUUGGGGAAGGAGACAGAAGCUUUGAAUUUUUUUGAGGAGAUGGUGGAAAGAGGUUGUGAGCCUAAUGUCUAUACUUAUACUGUAUUGAUUGAUUAUUUCUGUAAGGUGGGUAAGAUGGAGGAGGGGAUGAAAAUGUUGAAUGCAAUGUUGGAGAAAAGGUUGGUUUCGAGUGUUGUCCCGUAUAAUGCCUUGAUUGAUGGGUAUUGUAAAGGGGGAAUGAUGGAGGAUGCCGUGAGUGUAUUGGGUUUGAUGGAGUCGAAUAAAGUUUGUCCGAAUGCUCGUACUUAUAAUGAACUAAUUUGUGGGUUUUGUAGAAGAAAAAGCAUGGACAGGGCGAUGGCAUUGCUUAAUAAAAUGUUUGAAAACAAACUGUCGCCGAACCUGAUCACGUAUAACACGUUAAUCCAUGGGCUGUGUAAAGCAGGUGGGGUAGAUAGUGCUUGGCGGCUGUAUCAUUUGAUGAUUAAAGAUGACUUUGUUCCUGAUCAGAGAACUUUCGGUGCUUUUAUAGAUUGCCUCUGUAGAAUGGGAAAAGUAGGAGAAGCGUGUCAGGUCUUUGAGUCUCUUAAGGAAAAAAACGUCGAAGCAAAUGAAUUCAUAUAUACAGCCUUGAUUGAUGGAUACUGCAAGGCUGAGAAAAUCGAUGAUGCUCACUUGUUAUUCAAAAGGAUGCUUGCUGAGGGAUGUUUGCCGAACUCUAUUACGUUCAAUGUAUUGUUAGAUGGCUUGUGCAAAGAGGGGAAAGUGGAAGAUGCAAUGUUGUUGGUGGAUGACAUGGUAAAGUUUAAUGUGAAGCCCACUGUUCACACAUAUACAAUUCUCAUUGAGGAAAUUUUGAAGGAAGGUGACUUUGACCGUGCUAAUAAGUUGCUCCACCAAAUGAUUUCAUCUGGAUGUCAGCCUAAUGUUGUCACAUAUACUGCAUUUGUUAAAGCAUAUUGCAGCCAAGGAAGAUUAGAGGAUGCUGAAGAGAUGAUGGUCAAGAUUAAAGAAGAAGGCGUAUUUCUCGACUCCUUCAUCUAUAAUUUAUUAAUUAAUGCAUAUGGAUGUAUAGGACAACCAGACAGUGCGUUUGGUGUUCUCAAGCGCAUGCUUGAUGCUGGUUGCGAGCCUUCGCGUCAAACGUAUUCCAUCCUAAUGAAGCAUCUAAUUAGCGAAAAACAAAAGAAGGAUGGCAUCAGUCUUGUUGGACUUGAUUUGAAUUCAACCAAUAUUUCAGUUGAUAAUCCUGAGAUUUGGAAGAUAACCGACUUUGAAAUCAUAACCGUGCUCUUCGAGAAAAUGGUGGAACAUGGCUGUGUGCCUAAUGUUAACACCUACAGCAAGCUUAUCAAAGGAUUUUGCAUGGUGGAACACUUAUCAAUAGCCAUCAGGUUGUUAAACCAUUUGAAAGAAAGUGGAAUAUCUCCAUCUGAAAACAUUCAUAAUUCUCUUCUAAGUGGUUGCUGUAAGUUGGGAAUGUAUGAAGAAGCAUUGACAUUGCUAGAUUCUAUGAUGGAGUAUAACCAUUUAGCACAUCUUGAAUCCUAUAAACUUCUCAUUUGUAGGCUAUUUGAACAAGGUAACGAAGAGAAGGCCGAAGCGAUUUUUCAUAGUUUACUAAGCUGCGGGUAUAAUUAUGACGAAGUGGUUUGGAAAGUUCUAAUUGAUGGUUUAAUUAAAAGGGGUUAUACUGAUCAAUGCUCAAAGUUGCGAAACAUUAUGGAGAACAAUGGAUGUCCUGUACAUUCUGAGACGUGCUCAAUGUUAACUCAGGAACUGAAUGAAAUUAAAAGUGACGAGUGUGUAUUUUUUCCUGGAAAUGGAACUGGGAAAAAGAUGCCUCCCAUUGAUAUUUCAUUUUUUGAUGACUCUGGCUAAGGUUGUAUAGAGGAAUACCUGAAAUUUCAUGAUAGAUACUGAACAUACAUACAAUAUCUCAAAGAGUGUAACUGUGAUAAUCACCUAGGGAGAUCAAUUAGCAGAAGACAAAGAGGCAAGUAUUCUAUUCUUUGCAACUCCAGUGAACCACAGCGGAAGCUGUGGUAAGAGUAAGACAACCCAGAGAUUUUACUAGUUCAAUGUCUUCUGUUAUCCUUACAGUAAUGGUUGCACGCUCAAGAAUGAAAUUUAGUUGUAAAGAUUUGUUGGUAUCACCAUCAAUUUUAAAUGGAAGUAGUUGUUGUAGUAAAUGGCAGCCAAAUAUCCUUCUAUUAUCAUGUCACUAUUGUUCUAACAAAAUCUUCAUAAACUUCUGCACGACUGUCAACAUAAUUGAUGAGUUGAAUACAAGCAAUAACAACUGAAGAUAAAAUUUUGGCCAGGAAAAUUAUUUGAUGUUUAGACUUUUCCUUACAUAGUUAUCAAUGAUAAACUGAAAUUUAUGGCUGUUUGUUCCUUUCAA